GCUGCAGAGAGAGAGAGAGAGAGAGAGAGAGAGAGAGAGAGACUGACUCUCUUUUUCUUUGCAAUUCCAACCUCUGUUCUUCACUCGUUUUCUGAUUUUCACCCGGAACACAGGCUGGAGCCAAAUGGAUUUUCCUGGAAAUUCAUGUACAUCCUUGGUGUUAAGAGUUUGGAUUUAUAGAAGAAAUGAAGUAACAAGACAACACUGAUUAAUGCUUUUUCCAGCAUUUAAAGGAUUACCUUUCCUAACAUAGGGGUCCAGUGGUCGUUAGGCUGUAAGUGUUUGAUCCAAACUGAGUAAAAACACAUUCCUCACCUGAUUUAAACCUCCUGUUCUAUACAUGUUUUGGCCGACAAUUUAAGACACACUGGCCCAGAAUUUUCAAUGAUGUGACUGGAUCCAGAGGUGACCGUCUCACCUACCAUGAUGGAAUCUGGUCUGUCACCUUCCACAGACCCUCUCCACCAUAACACCAACAGCUAUGUCAAUAACAGCAACAACAGCUGGAGAGGUCAACUCGAGGGUGAUUCACUGAGGAGCAAUCACAUCCUGACCCUCCAUGACCGCUUCCACAACGCCAUGCUGGGGGUCUUUCUGGGACUUCUUUCUCUCCUCACAGUCAUAAUGAACCUGCUUGUUCUCUACGCCGUGAAGAAAGAGAAGAGCCUCCACACCGUCGGGAACCUCUACAUUGUCAGCCUGUCUGUGGCGGAUCUCAUUGUGGGGACCACAGUUAUGCCUCUAAAUUUGGUGUAUUUGUUGGAAGAUGAAUGGAAGCUGGGACGGGCUGUCUGUCAAUUUUGGCUCAUUAUGGACUAUGUGGCUAGCACAGCCUCAAUUUUCAGCUUGUUUAUCCUGUGUUUGGAUCGGUACCGCUCUGUCAGACAGCCACUUAAGUACCUGAAAUAUCGAACACGGGGAAAAGCCAGCAUGAUGAUUUGUGGAGCCUGGCUGCUGUCGAUGAUGUGGAUUAUUCCAAUUUUGGGAUGGAGGUCUUUCACUCAUGUAGACCUUAAACCUGAAGAGGAGAACAAGUGUGACACGGAUUUUCGCUUUGUCACGUGGUUUAAGAUUAUUACUGCCGUCUUCAACUUCUAUGUACCCUCAAUUCUGAUGCUGUGGUUUUACACGCACAUCUACAUGGCAGUAAGGCAACAUCUCAGGGACAGAGAGAGAAUCAUUCAUCCAACCGAUUCAUUUGGGGAAAAUGAGAAUGGACAAAAUGCUCAAACGCCUGUGAAAAGUGACUCCAAAUCACCCAAGAGGGAAUGUGUGGUUGAAAUGAAACUCUCUAAAAAACAACGCUUGUUGGACCAGAACACUCUAGAUCAGACAUAUUCCCUCGAGGAUGCUGAUAAAACUAAAAGUGCUUCAUCCAGAUCUCACAGAAAAAUUGGUGUAAAGUGCCAGCAGACAUCAUUUCUUGCCAUGACAACAAAACAACUCAGAAUGGCACAAAAGUUCAAAAGGUGCUCCUCUUUGUAUCCUGAUGAGAAGCAGUCAGACACUGAGAUGCCCCUAAGUCGACCAUCGGUGCCACAGGACGUAAUUUGCCCAGAGGGGAAUAAUGAGAACAAAUUUCAAGCGUCUUUAAAUGAAUGUCAUGUCACAGUGCCAAACUCAGUGAGUGGUGUCUGUGAUAUAAAUCAGGUUUCAGACGUGCAGCGAUACACCUCUGUACUCUACAACAACUACGAUCCCAGUCAUGCUCUGCCCUGGACUGAGGAAGGGGUUGAAGAUGACAAAUUGGACUCAGCUAAUGCAGUGACCCUGAGACAGACGUGGCAAAAGUUUAUUGACCAAUCACGUCAGCGUAUCCAAAGCCUGAGGAUCCAUAAAGAGCACAAGGCAGCCAAGCAGUUGGGCUUCAUAAUUGCUGUUUUCUUGUUGUGUUGGAUACCGUACUUCAUAGCUUUCAUGGUCAUGGCGUUCUGCAAAGAGUGUGUGCACCAUGACCUUCACAUGUUCACCAUAUGGCUAGGUUACAUCAACUCCACUCUCAAUCCUUUUAUAUACCCGCUUUGCAAUGGGAACUUUAAACGAGUCUUCAAAAAUAUUCUGAACAUUCGUUUGUGACAGAUAGUGACAGGCAGAGCAAAGAAGCAGAACAAAAUCAUAGGUGUCUAAAUGCUGCUGAUAUUCACAGAUUGCAUCAAUUAAAUGUCUGAAACACCCUUGCAUGGGUGAGCAUUUUAAGUGUAGAUAAAACUGUAAAAGUACGUUGAGCGUCAGUUAUUUCUGUUUGUUCUAGAUUUUAUUUUUGUAACUUACUGCCCGAUUCAGACUCAUGGAAACAGCUGAGGAUAAUGUCUGAAUUUGAAGCUAGAGUGCAGAACUGUUGUCUCCCCCUUCUGGAGAGUAGUUACACAAACACUGUUGACGCAUGCUUACAAUGUAUGCCUACAGUGAGCUCGCCACAGGCUCGUGUUGAAAAUGUAAUAGCUACAUAGUGUACUCCAAAUAUUUUACCAAUUGAUCAUUGAGAGCAGUAACGUGAAUGUGAUCUGUAUCUGCCCCCAGUCCCUUCUCUCAGCGCUAUCCAACAAGGAAAAGUUAAAGCUACACCAAUGGUUAUCCAUGUUUGUCCUCGCUGGCGAUCGCUGUCUUGUUUUGACUGUAAUCCUUCCUCUGAACGCUGAGUUUCUUUUUUAUCCUAGUUGCUGUAGCCUACUCUGUCGCUAUGGUUGCUCCAGAGCCAUGUAGAGAGAGAGUUGCAUGAAUUC